CAGCAAAACACAAAGCAAUGGAGCAGUACCAACACAAUGGUCGCAAGUUGAUCCAGAUGCUGUUCAAAAACACGGAGAAGGGGGCGUCCGCGGGGCCACCUGUGAUGACGUUGCCGACCAAACCGACCCAUGCGCAUCCGCCGUCCAAGUUGUUCCCGCCCGUGGUAUCCGUACCACCGUCGUCGCGAAUUGGUCCAGAGACGCCCACGUCCCCAGACCCUCCGUCGCCCCUUCAGUGGACACCGCCUCAUUCGACUGGACCACGCUUUGCCCUCGUCAAACCAACCAAAAAAGUCAAACGCGCUCCGGCCCGCAUUCCUCCACUAGACGUAGCUCCCUCCACGCCAGGGCCUUCGCGCCACAGUAACAAUCACGCCGAGGCGGAUCUGGCCAGCGCCACCGAAGGUGGCAAUCCAGCACCAGUACUCGAGAGCGACUUGGACAUUUUGGCGGCCGAUGAUGUCACAGUGGAAGAUAUGAACCGCGUGAUCGAUGACUUGAAGCAGUGGCGGGCCGACCAUGCUCACAAAAUGGCGACGCAGUUUUCCGGCGCGUCAUCCUCGAGCCAAAGCACCGACGACGACGAUGCCACUGCGAGGCAGCUAGCGGCCAUGGAAGCCGAAGACGACGCGGAUCACAAAGAGCUCAUGCAGCUCUAUGAGCAAGCAAAAGCCCGAUGGUCGACGUCGAGUCGUCCAAAAGAUUGGGGGAUUUCGACCAAAGGUCCUCCGCCGACUCCAGAGGUACGAUCGCCCGCCCUCAUGCUGCUUCCUUUCAACGACUCAGGGAGGGGCCGGCGACAUGCACAAUAAGAUUCAAGCCAUGCUGGCGUCGCCAUCGACGACGGAAAACGUCGAGAAGCUGCAGCAACUUCGCCACGAAGUGUUUGAGCUCCAUGUCAAGGACAUUUCACGCCAGCUGCACCGUCAAAUGGACCUGAACAACGAUGACGACGCAUUUGACGCACACUUGCUCGAGCUUGAGUUGGGCGUCCAGACUUACGCAAACGACUUGGACAUCCUCCUCCAUCGCUUGGACGCGUACAGCUCGACCAUCACGGACGAAAACAACGAGAGAAACCAUUAACCUGCCCGUGCGUUUUGCAAUACACGACUCGUGAAAAGUCCG